AUGAGUUUGUUGUGUAUGAUGGAAUUUAGUGCACGAAAAGCGCUCGAGAAUCGAAUGGACGUGGAUCACGACCGUUGUAUGGAGCUGGAACAAAAACUUCGUGAAGCACAAUCGUUGCUCACUGAAACCGAAACUAAAUCCGAUGAGGUGUGUGCCAUCGACACUAAUCUUCUCUCUGUGUUCAAUAACGCUAUUUUACCGGUUGAUGGCCAGAUUUUUGGUGUGAUUCCUCCGAUAUUAGAUAUCCACUGA